CAAAUAAACGUCUCGAUAAUGACUUCCCUUGGCUUUAUCCUCUGUCUCUCAUCGGUUCUUCUCAUGAGCCUUUGUCAGAUUCCCACAGCUAUUGAUGAUGAAAGAAAGGCAAGCCAUUGCUGUUUUGUGUAUAUUGCUUACAUGGGAGCUCUUCCUUCAAAACCUUCUUACUCACCGAUGUCUCACCAUCACAAUAUCCUUCAAGAAGUUAUCCAAUCAAGUUCCGUAGAAGAUUAUUUGGUCAGAAGCUACGGAAGAAGUUUCAAUGGUUUUGCAGCCAAACUCACUGAAUCUGAAAGAGACAAGCUUUCCGGCAUCGAAGGUGUGGUUUCUGUUUUCCCAAGCACUGUUUAUAAGCUUCUUACAACAAGAUCUUACGAGUUCAUGGGACUUGGUGACAAGAGCAACAACGUCCCUGAGGUCGAGACCAAUACAAUAGUUGGUGUAAUCGAUGGCGGAAUCUGGCCCGAAUCCAAGAGCUUUUCAGACCAAGGCAUCGGCCCAAUACCCCAAAAAUGGAAAGGGACUUGCGCAGGAGGAGCUAACUUCACAUGCAACAAGAAGGUGAUUGGAGCACGACACUAUGUGCAAAACUCGGCGAGGGACAACAACUCGCACGGGACACACACGGCUUCAACUGCCGCCGGAAACAAAGUAAAAGGAGUGAGUGUGAACGGUGUGGCAGCAGGAACGGCGAGAGGCGGUGUGCCUUUAGGUAGAAUUGCUAUUUACAGAGUUUGUGAGCCAAAAGGUUGCAACGCCGAAUCAAUGUUGGCUGCGUUUGACGAUGCUAUAGCCGAUGGUGUCGAUGUCAUAACCAUUUCCAUUGGAGGAGGUGUUACUAAAGUCGAUAUUGACCCUAUCGCCAUUGGAUCGUUUCACGCUAUGAACAAAGGGAUUGUUACCACCGCUGCUGUUGGGAACCAUGGCCCUGAACUUGGAAAAUCGUCUAACCUUGCACCGUGGAUCAUAUCCGUGGCUGCGGGUUCAACAGAUCGAAAAUUCGUUACUAAUGUAGUUACUGAAGACGGCAAGACAAUACAUGGGAGAUCAAUCAAUGACUUUGACUUGAAAGGAAUGAAGUAUCCUUUGGCAUACGGAAAAACUGCUUCGAAAAACUGUACAGAGGAGCUAGCAAGGGGUUGCGCUAGCGGUUGCCUAAACACGGUACAGGGAAAGAUCGUUGUGUGCGAUGUUCCAGAUAAUGUUAUGGAACCUAAAGCAGCAGGUGCUGUUGGAGUCAUCCUUCAUGUCACCAAUGUUGAUACUCCUGGUCUUGGUCCGAUUCCGGUCGCAACUUUAGAUGAUAGCAAUUACGAAGAAUUCAGAUCUUACGUUCUCUCUUCAGCAAACCCGCAAGGAACUAUAUUGAAGAGUGAGACGGUCAGGGACAACACUGCGCCGAUCGUUGCUACCUUCUCUAAUCGUGGUCCAAACACUCUCUUUAGCGAUAUAAUGAAGCCUGAUAUAACAGCUCCAGGAGUGAAUAUAUUAGCAGCAUAUUCACCUUUGGCUCAAACAGCACUUCCUGGACAAAGCGUGGAUUACUAUUUCAUGACCGGAACAUCUAUGGCUUGCCCUCAUGUCGCAGGUGUAGCGGCUUAUGUCAAAACAUUCCAUCCUGAUUGGUCUGCUUCUGCUAUCAAAUCUGCAAUUAUGACUACAGCUUGGGCAAUGAAUGCGUCCAAAAACGCAGAAGCAGAGUUUGCAUAUGGAUCAGGAUAUGUUAACCCUACAGUAGCAGUUGAUCCAGGGCUUGUUUACGACAUAGCCAAAGAGGAUUACUUAAACAUGCUCUGCUCUUUAAACUACUCAUCCAAAGGCAUUAGUACUGUCGCGGGUGGAGCCUUUACUUGUCCUGAAACAAAGCUUAACACGAGAGAUCUCAACUAUCCUUCAAUGUCAGCCAAAGUUUCAGCUUCGUCCUCUUCGGAUAUCACAUUUUCUAGAACAGUCACGAACGUUGGGAAAAAUGGAUCCACUUACAACGCAAAAUUGUCUGGUGACCCUAAACUGAACAUCAAGGUUGUGCCAGAGACACUCUCUUUCAUCUCAUCAGGGGAGAAGAAAUCUUUUACCGUUACAGUCUCCGGCAACAGUCUUGCCGGUAUUUCUGGUAUUGUGUCUGCGUCUCUGGUUUGGUCGGAUGGAUCACACAAUGUGAGGAGUCCUAUUGUUGUUUACACUUAG